ACUGGCAAAGUGGCUGACAAUGAUCUUUCCUUUUGCAGGCUGGGCUGAGAUGGCGUUUGUGCCAGCCAACAGGACAAAGAACACCAAAUCCACGAAGCACGGAAGAAACCAACAACAGGCUGGAUCCUUAUCGGCCAGCAGAGGUGGAUCUUGUAUCCUUGGUUUGGACUCAGUGAUUUGGGUAUCAAUAUCCCAAAUGCUAGUGUGCAAACGCCAGACUCACAAAUCCUAUGAGUUACCAGCCAAGAAAUCAGACCACAAACAGAACUUUCUUGCUAAGACCAAGACAAUGGGUGACAAAUCCAGCAAUGGUUUUGAGGGUGAUGACAUUACAUCAGAUAUCACUUCUGAAACCACAGGUUCCUCAAUUUCCAAUUUUGCAUCUGCUUCUACCAACACUGAAGUGAAGCUUGACAAAGCCAAGUCUAGUGAGACUAGAACACAGGGUAAGGCAUGCCCUCAAGAAAAACAGCCAGAAGAGAUACCAAAAGCACCAGUGAAACCAGGACCAUAUUUUCAUAUGAGUGGAUCUAACGGAGCCGAGCUUGUGAGUGCCUAUAGCCAGAGCAGAGGAUGGCAGCGUAUCUAUGACAACAGAAGAGAGGAUUAUGCACUGAAAUGGUGUGGAAUCAAGUGCCGAGAGACCUAUUACCGUUUCAAAGAAGGUGAACAGCUUCUCUACCAGAUUCCGAACAACAGAGUCCUCACCAGUCAGAUAGGGCUUUAGUGCUGCCUGAAAGAGCAAGAGCGGAUGAUGAAAAAGAUCAGUAGGAACCAUGAUUCCAAGUUACUGAAGAUGAAAGAAUUCUCCCCAGAAACUUUUUGCCUGGACUUAGAGGAUGAGAAACAUGCUUUUUUUGAGCUUCACAAAGAAGAACAGAUUUGGAUCUGCCAGCUGUGUUGCUCUAACUGAGGUCGAGGAAUCUUCCUGCUGAGAACUGCAGCUGCUGUCAGCACAGCAUCCUUCAAGAUUCUUGCUUCAAUCCUCCGCAGUGCUGAGGACUACCUACUCGAUAGAAGGGUGCCAUACAGGGUUCCCCGGGCAAGAAUAAUGCAAAGGUAUAUUCACAAGCCUCUGCUCCUGGAAGGGAAGAAGUUUGAUAUCCAGUCUUACCUCCUCAUUGCCUGCACAGCACCAUACGUGUUACUUUUCACCCAGGGUUACGUCAAGUUGACCUUCAUCAAGUAUAAUGCUGCUUCUGAAGGUCUGACUGUUCAUCUGACCAACCAGGCAAACUACAGGAAACAAAAUUUGCAGGAACAACUGCCAGGUGAGACAGUUUGGCACACGGAGCACUUCAACAGCUACGUUAAUGAGAAGUUCAGAAAAACCAACGGCCUCCCCAAAGACUGGGUUUUCACUGUCUUUACUGUAAUUCUGAAAAGGAUGCAGCAGAUCAUGUUGCGGUGCUUCUUGGCAGCCAAGCACAAACUCAAGGGCAAACUGGGCUACUUCGAUCUCACCAGCUGUGACAUUUUAAUUGAUGAAAACUUUAAGGUCUGGCUUCUGCAGAUCAAUGCAAAUCCAGCACCCUAUCAAUGCAAAGCCUUGAGAGAUGUCAGCCCAGCUGUAGUCUUCGAGAGCCUUGAUUUGGUUCUUGUGGUUUUCGACAAGCGCCCCAUAGGUCAGAGUAUUUUACCUUCAGAGGCAUUUGGCCACGUUGUGCUCCUCUGUCAUGAGGAUACUGCAGGGCUUGGCCAGAAACAACCCCCGAAGCUCAGAACUGGCCCGUGUACAGGCUGA